GAGGACAACAGCUGGUGAUUGAUUUGCUGAACCAUGCAAAGAUUGACGCGGUUUUGGUGCAUCCAGAGACCGAUCUGCAUGCUCCACGACAACGUUAUAACUACAUUUACGGCACCAGCACUUCUCUCGAACUCGAUCUUGUUGUACCCCUGAGUAGUAGAUAUGUAUGAUCUCCCAUAAUGUAAUUAAGUUUUGCAUUCGUAGUUGUAUCAUCGGUGAAGUAAGGCUGCUAGAUGACUAGUACACCAAUUAAACUCACGAGGACCAUAAGCAUAAUUGUAGUAGCCCACCUACAAAGCUACAAGUACUACAACAUCAUGAUCAUGCAGGACGAGAAUUCAGCGCCAGCUGCACUUAUGAUCCUCUUCUAAGUCCCGGCACCCAAAAGUACAGCUAAUGGUAACGCAGAGAGUAUGAGUAUCUCGCGAAUUUCAGCGUCAACGCACUGCGACAACGAUAUGGACUGCGAUGCAUCUCUGAAUAACCUCAGGGAGAGCAACUUCGUUUGGAUGCACCGACUACUCGACUCGCGCUCUACCACUCCCUGGGCUAGAGACU